AGGGUAUUUUACGAGUAUUUCUUAAGGAAGUAUUUUAACAUGCAUUUUCUAAAAAAAGAAGACAGCAUAACCGGGUAUAUAACUAGUUUUUCUUAAGGAGGUAAGAACAAUUCGAAACAAUGGACAGACGCAAAUCGGAUGGGUCUACAUUUCCUAUACGUCGUAUUAUGAAGCCUAUUUCAGAGAGCGGUCAGUUUCCCUCUCCUGUGAAAAGAGGCCAUAUAUCUGUAGAUAGAAAAAUGAACAUUACGUUUGAUGAAAGCCAAAUGCGUUACCUGAAAAGGCCCGAGGAUCUAAAUAAUGUCAGUUUGAAUUUAGAUGAUGGGUAUGAAGAUAGAGAAGAAAAAUCUGAAGAAAAUUUUGAAGAUAUUGAUCUUAUGAUUAAAUGGAUUUCUGAGAAACUUGCAACGAGCGAACUUAACAAUCUGGUUGUUAGUAGACGUUGCAUUUUAACCGAUAUCAUGUUCACCCCGUGCAAGAAGUAUGCACAUUGUCAAUGGAAAAUUGCAGUUAUUCUUCAACACGGCGCAUACCACAUAUGUCGUUUCGACAGGAACAAUAGAUGGGAAGAGGUCCAGAAACCACACAAUAGAUUAUGGCGUAAAUCCCAUUAUUGGGGAUGGAAAAUGGAACAGCUUCUAACCGAAAGUAAACCAGAUGAAUCGGACUGUACGAAAACGCAGGUGCAACAUGGCAAAUAUCUACUAGUAAAUCAAUUGAACAUAAAUGCACAUUCAUUAGUGUUCAACUGCGAAAUAGACGCAUACGAUGAGAACACCGACUCAUUUGUUGAAAUAAAAACCAAGAAAAAUAUUUCGCCAGAAAAUAUUUCGCCAGGAGAGGACGCCAUUUUUAAAAAGUUCACGUUGUUGCAGUGGUGGGCCCAAAGCCAGUUAGGAGGCGUUAAAGAAAUACUUUGCGGAUUCAGGGAUAACGAAGGGCUUGUUACUAGAAUUGAAUCUUUCCGGACCAGUAGCAUCCCGAACUCUGAGUUGCCAUGGAAUCAAAAAGUGUGUUUCCACUUUCUUGACAACUUGCUGACAUGGAUCAAGAAACGAGUGUCGGUCACGGGAGAGUUCUCCGCUAACAGAAUUGUUCACCUGUUUGAGAGGUCAGAUGAGGACACAAUCAGCCACAAUACAACAACAGAACCCCGAUACCAGUUUCUGCCCGAAUGGUACCUGAAUAUUGGUGAAAAGGGACAUAACCAACAUUGACAGCGCAUCGAAGGAAUUAAUCGGUGUUAAAACUGAUAAUUCUUAAUAAUACCAGUGUCAAAACUUUGCCUCUUGCCAUAACAGAUAUUGUCAUGCUGUUUUCUGAAUCUCAGAGACUAUUAAUUGAUUAUUUUGUUGUUACUUCUUAUUAUUAUGUAUUUUGUUUAAAUUUGGAACUUCAGGAUAAAGGAUUUCGCGAAAAUAAAUAAAUUACAUUAAAUAGAUAUCAAAACAUGUCAAACAAAACUAAUUGUGGAACAUGUAAACCGUGCAGCUUAUCUUGAACUGAACUGUUGUAGUUCUUUUAAGUCGGAAAAAGGGUCAUCUAACAUUCAACAAACCGUUAUUGCAAUUUUUUUGGCAGUUCUUGCGUAAGUCAAGAAUUAAAUUCAUAAUCAGCCUAGGAGCAUUUCUUUAAGUUUUUUUUAAUGAAUUAUAUAUAUGUACUAUAAUAUUUUUUUUAACUAUAUCUUUGAUUAAUAUCCUAUUACACUUUAUUUACCAGUAAAUCACAUGCACACACACAUAUAUAUAUUGUUAAAAAGCUUUCGUCAUGAAAUGCUACUACGCAUAAUUAAUUGUAACUUUAUUUGCUAAACAACCUGCAUGUCCAAGAGACCUCGAUCUAAAUAUAGUACUAAUGCCGAGACGAAUCGAAUUGUCGUCAUGGGCGUUCCCUCAAUCUUUUGCAGUAUAAUGGAUGUUAAAUUAUAUUCUACUGUUUUCACUCUAACUAGCAAGAUGUCGGAGUUUAUGUUGGUUUACUAUAGUUAUAUAAAUAAUUGUUAAGAAUAUAUUAUCCUUGAAUAUACAUGUUGACUUCAAACUAUACGCUUCGGCAUGUUCCGUGCGCUACGAACAUCGCCGAAACGUUGCUCGGUUAUGACCGUUAAGUCUUAUUCUAUAGAGCUGCGUACACGUCAUAAUUUUUAUGACGUCAUCCGGAUAAUUCAUAGGGUAUAUAAACCCAGACUUAUCCGGAGCAUUGGCCAAUCUUUCCUUACACUUUUCCGACGAAACCUCCUUUGUAAUUUAAAUAUAAACCACUCCGGAUGGCAGAAAGUGAAGUAUAUACCAUAGUAAACAUUCCCGUAUUUUCAGAACAGUUCCACCCGGAGCUGCUCCGUAUAUGUUAUAAUAAAUAACAGUUACUUUCCUGACAACAAUAAUGAUAAACAGCGGCCAUGUUUGUCCAUUGUUAUGAUGGGUACGGAGCUCAGAGACAGUUAUGCCUAGAUAUGACAAUAUUAUAAUUCAUCAAUGUACCAGAUUUUGCAUGUGUAUAACCUAUGUACUUUGAUGUAAUUACCAAUGCCAUUAUAUGAAUACCAUGCGAACCAAAUAGAAAAAUAAAUCAAUGUCUUAACCGGAA